AGCAGAUGGGAUCUGUUCGUGUGUCUCGCUCCCCUCCCAAGUCCAGCGGGGAAAAGCUCGUCCUUCCCACACAGCAGCAGCACCACGUGUCGACCACAGGUCCAGCACCUGCUGCCGCUCCGACUGCGUCAACGGCCUGAUGGAGGAGGAGGAGGAUGAAGAGGAGGAGUCUGCUCCACCUGACCAGAGAGGGAAAAGUGUCUCAUCAUCCUUCACACUCCCUCCUUCCUCUCAGAUCAAAACGUCGUUGUCUCUAUUCAUCUGGAAUUUGAAAGACACGCAGCAUCACAGAGGUCAGUCAGAAGGUCACAGCCUAGACCGAACCUCGUCGACAUGAAAAAGGGGCUCCAGACUCAAGCGGGACAUCACGGGAUGGGGGACAAACAGAGGGACAUGUGGAGGGAGACGGAGUGGCAGAACGGGAGGACAGAGAGGAAGCUCCUGGCCUUUUGGAUGUCCCUGACCCAGAGGAGGUGGAGCCUGUUCAGGCCGGCCGUCCAGCGCUCCGCCUCGGCCGCCAGGCUGCUGAAGAGCGAGGCGUGAGGAGACAAAGGGGGGCUUUGUGUGUGUGUGCGUGUGUGCAUGUGUGUGUGUCAGAAGAUUCCUACCGGACCUGCAUUAAGUAGAUGUGUGUGUGUGUGUGUGUGUGUGUGUGUGUGUGUGUGUGUACACUCUACUUCCACGCUGAACUUCCCUCUGAGUUAAAGUCAGACUAACUUCGUUGAGAGUUUUCAAAGCGAAGGUGGAGGUGACAGGUCUUGGGUUGUACAGGAAGUGAUGUCAUCUCACACCUGAGCAGAGCCUUGAAGCGGUGAUGGGUUCAGACCGAUGUGUCAUGGCGGUGGCACAUCCGUCCCUGCAAGCUGCGUUUCCAGGGAACAAGCUCAGAGGCCUCGGCUGCAGAUGGAGCCUCUCUGCCGGCGGCCUCAUGGUGAAGUCGGUCCGGCUCCACAUCGUGCUGGCCGGGCCGGUCAUGGACGCUGCGCAAGUAUGGAGAAUUAUACUUCAGAGUGGGCUUUUUGUCUAAACCACUGGCAGGUGUUCCAGCAGAUCUCUGAGGUGUUCGUCUUGGUGCCGGCUCUGGUGGGGCUGAAGGGAAACCUGGAGAUGACACUGGCAUCCCGUCUGUCAACAGCAGCCAACAUGGGGCAGAUGGACGAGACUCGGCAGCGCUGGAGGAUGGUGCUCUGUAACAUGGCCCUCAUUCAGGUUCAGGCUACAGUUGUGGGCUUCCUGGCUGCCGUAGCCGCCGUGGCUCUGGGCCGUCUGAGCAGAGAGAGAGUGGACGGUGUCCAGGCUGCCAUCCUGUGUGCCAGCAGCAUCAGCACUGCUUUCAUCGCCGCGCUCGCUCUAGGGCUGGUGGUGGUGGCCGUGAUUAUUGGCUCCAGAAAGCUGGGCGUCAACCCGGACAAUGUGGCCACGCCCAUCGCUGCUAGCCUCGGUGACAUCAUCACCCUGUCCCUGCUUGCUGGGGUCAGCAGCUUCUUCUUCACCUACAGAGAUCUGUGGUACCUGCCCACUGUGGUGGGGGGCUUCUUCCUGCUGCUCACCCCUGUGUGGGUCAUCAUCGCCAGUCGCAGUCCACCAAUCAGAGAAGUCCUAAAGUCAGGAUGGCAGCCGGUGAUUUUGGCCAUGUCUGUCAGCAGCAUUGGUGGUCUGAUUCUGGAUAAAACUGUGAGCAACCCCAGCUUUGAAGGCAUGGCUGUGUUCACCCCCAUCAUCAACGGAGUUGGAGGAAAUCUGGUGGCGGUCCAAGCGAGCAGGAUGUCUACCUACCUCCAUUACUGGAGCGUUCCUGGAGCUCUCCCAGUAAAAAUGAGUGCUGACUGUCCUGGACCCUGCACCGCCUUCUGCUCCUCAGAUGUGAACUCUAAAUCAGCCAGAGUCCUGGUCGCCCUUGUGGUACCGGGUCACCUCCUCUUCCUCUACACAGUCCAGCUGCUGCGGGGAGGCCAUACCGCCAUGACGCCUACCUUCAUCAUCUGCUACCUGUGUGCAGCUCUGCUUCAGGUGCUGGUUCUGCUCUACUCUUCCGUCCUGAUGGUCCGCUGGCUGUGGAGGCGGAGCUUAGAUCCAGAUAACUACUCCAUCCCUUACCUCACGGCUCUGGGGGAUCUGCUGGGAACUGCUUUCUUGGCCCUGACCUUCAGGUUCCUCAUGACGGGCAGCUCUGUUGGGACUGGGCUUUGAAACAUUUGGUCAGCACCAGUAUCUAAUGUGAAGGACUGAAGCACAGCGCUGAGCUCACUGCAACUGCAGUUGAAAGACAAUGAAACAAAAACACAGGUGGUGACUUCAUAAUUAGAGACGCUGUAAUCUGACUUUGGAUCAAACCAUAAUUCUAUCACAAUCAUUAUUCACUGUAAGGGAAAACAAAAUGCUCACUUAAUGAGUAGCUUAAAAAUCAGCAACUCAGAUUUUGUUCUGUUGUCAGUCUUGAUUGUUUAGAUGAUCUUUAGUAAACUGUGUGGACGGUAGGAUUGUCUUUGGCGAGCAGCAAGAGGUUCUUCUCAAAGGAGAAAAGUUCUGCACCAUAAAUUUCCCCUCAGUGAGCCCACUGCUAACGCAGAACAUUACAGGUCUCCCAUAAUAAAAGAUAAAAACUUUUUAAACAAAUUUGAAUAAUUAGCUGAGCUUCAUGCCCUGUUUGAUAACUAGGAUCAAAGGAAAUGUAUGUGUGAGUGAAUUAAAAUGACCUUUUGUUGUUAAGCGAGUUGAGACAACAUUUGGCGCUAAAGAAACAAACUGAACUGAAUUGAAGCUCAGCAAAUAAUAACCAAUUAUUCCUCCUGAUCCCUUUAAGCCCCGCCCCUUUCCCAGGUUCCUCCACAUCUGUAGUUGUUAGUGAUGCUGAUGUUCUGGAUGGACCCUCAGUCGGGUUCUGCUUGAGGCCCCAUAUAACCUUAGGACGACCUUGUAUAACCAUUGCUUAACUGAAGCAUGGUGGUGGUAGUAUCAUUCUACCAGGCUGUUUAUUGUUAGCAGAGCCUGGGGAAACGUGUUAUAGAGCUAAAUUACCACACACACUGUUAAUAGGCAGUGUUUGUGGGUCAGAUUUCAGUGUUUUAGAAGAAUCUCAGUCUGGUUAAGAAUCUGUCGGCAGCAGAAGAACAAUGAAUGUCCACAGAGCCAAGAUUAUGCAGUUUAAAGGUUCUGGGCAGGAGAUGAACAAAUGCAACUAUAGCAAGUGCAAGAAAUUUAAGCUAUUGCAAAACAGGGAUCGUUAACUCCUGACCUAGGGUUAUGCAAAAUAAAUAUUUAUUACAAGAAGAUUGAUGUAGGUUACAAUGCAGGUCGUUGUGCAUAGAAAAAACUUAAGAUAUGUAAAACAACAAUCUCAAAACGUGUGUAAGCUAAAAUAUGUGAGAACUUCUAUUGAUCUUCUGUAUUCCUGUAUUGAUAAUGGAGAUAAAGUCUUCACUGAAUCUAAGUUUUAGAAAGUGAUUCCUCACAAGUUGCGUUUCCAUUAAACAUUAAAUUGCGCAGAUUGAAAUUCUGAAAAUAAAUUUGCUUAAUGGAAGACUCGUCCAUUAAAAAAAUUCAGGUUUUUAAAUUAAAUGUUGUGCUGAGAUGAGGUGGUUUUUCAGCCAUACCAAAAUGGAUGAUUUCCACAAAACUGCAAUGGAAACACUUCUUUGCAUCACACGAGUUACAUGAUGGUUACUACUGGUGGAAAACAUAAAUAAGACGACAGGAAGUAGCAGGAUGAUGGUUUGUUUUUGUGUUUUUCUCCCCCAGAACUCUCACAACAUCAGAGGAUUCAUAAAAAGUUGUCCACAGCUCUUAUGGAAAAUAGCUCACCACAAUUUCCACAAAACGCUGCAUAAGUAACCCCAUGUAGGCGGGGCUUAUCGAUCCAACGCCUGAAUAAAACGCUGACGUCUCCUCUGAUUGGCUGAUGAAUGAUGAGCUCUGUGGUAUAGAUAUAGUUCUUGUAACUGUUUACAUCCAUCGCUGCCAUGAUUUUUUAAUGACUUAUCAUGUGAACAAACUUAUUUACAUGUGAUUUUAAUUUCAUUUCUUAUUUCAUGUCAACAUAGCAAUUGUGAAAAUGUGUUUUUUGGACAUUAGCAGGAUAUUGUCAAAGAUUUGUGCACAUGUGUAAUGGAGAUGCAGCUAGUAUUUCAUUCUGCUCUGAUUAUCACUUCCUGGUCAGAAUUAGGUCACAGAUCUAACCAGUUCAACGUAAACAAGUGUCCAAGUAAGAAAAAAAUGUAACUGUGAACUUGUUCAGUAUUUUGGUCCUCAGUGUUUCUCCGUUGUUCACAUGCAGUUUAAUCGGCUCAAACUGAAAUUGUAGAAACACCAAUUAUUGCACGUCUAUUGUUAUUGAUAGAUGGUAGGUGAUUAUAUUAUGACCAAUAGAGAUAAUUAUGUGUGUCAAGAUAAAACAGACUCUGUAAGGCUCUAGUAUUUAACUUGUCUGUGUGUUAGAAUGUGUUCCUAUUGAAAUCAGCAGUAUUUGAGGUCAGAUGGUUUAUUCUUGUGUGGAGCCAUUUUUUUAUUUCUUUAAUGUCCAUAAAGAAGAAAAUCUUAGUGACAGCGAGGCCUGACUGAAUUUGUAGAGCUUCUGCAUUUGUAAAAAUAAGAAACAAAACAAUUUGGUCAGUUACAUAAAACACAUGGAACCAUCUUGGUGAAAAUGCAUUUAUUUGAAAGACAUGGAAGAACAUAUAUCUAGUUUGGUUUGGCUUUUUUUAAAGAGCUAGAAAUAAUAAAUUAAAAUAAUAGUCACACAAAAAA